AAGAGGGUUUUACCUUCAUUAUUGAUCCAUUUCCAUCUCUUUCUCUCUCUGUCUCUCUCGUCCGCUCAAACUUUUCUAAUAUGAGUGAUAAUAUCAUGACGUCUUUGAUGCGCUUGCCAAACGAUUCUCCUCUUCCCGAUGUAAUAUCACUCUGCUGGCGCUCUGACAUUUCAUCCCUUUCUGUGACAAACCGCCGUUUGAGAGCUAUUGUUAGAGAGGCGAUGAUCACUAUGCGUAGGAAACGGCUAGGCCUGCUCGAGCACUGGUUCUUCAUAUUUGUAAAGGACGGUGUGUGGUGCGCCUAUGAUCCCUAUAACAGGGCGUGGCAUAAUGUUCACUGAUGCCAGAGUUACCGUAUUUGUUACGUCCCCCUGGAGGGUUGCCCGCUCGCGAGAUUAUGUGCGUAGGAUCGGAGCUUCUAACUUGUGCCGAAUCUCCUGUCGAUACCAUGCACAAGUUCCAGGCUCUCACCGGCAAAUGGAGCUUAGUGGCGGGGAUGACUACGCAGCCAGCUUAUGGUCACGCCUGGGCAGUUCACGAAGACAAGAUCUUCGCAGCCGGAGGUUGUGACGCGGACAAAAAAUCCUUGCCUUCUGCCCACGUUUAUGACUCGGAGACUGGCCUGUGGAAUCCGAUUCCUCCCAUGACUCAUGCUCGGAUGUGUUGUAAAGGCGCUUUCAUCGACGGGAAAUUUUACGUUGUCGGAGGCAAACUAAGUUAUUAUGACGAGCUGCAAACGCCAAUAGCUGAGGUCUAUGACCCUAUCUCCAAAACCUGGUCUAUGAUCCAGGACUUUUUAACAGAAGAAAUGGCAACUAAUUCAUAUGCCAUUACCGUCGUCAACAAGGAGAUGUACCAUGCUAACCCUAGUAGUGGUGAAUUUGGUAUUGUUCACAAGUAUAGCCCAAGGAGUGGUGAAUGGCUUUUCAUGGGAUGCUUUCCUUGGGAGUCUUUACCAAAGUCACAGGCCUAUCACAUGGCUGCUUAUAGGCCAGUAAGGGACCAGCCCUUUGAGCACCUGGUCCUCAUGCUGUGGCGACUGGAGAAGUCCGAACUGAAGAUGUACGUUGAUGUUUAUGCCUCUGCUCCAGAACCAAUGUUGAACUGGAAACUUCUAACGUCAGAGUCUAGGGAUUUUGGGAGAUUUUCUCAGCGUCUGGCAGGAGUAAUUGGUUAUUGAAGUGGUACGAAGGACCUAUAAGAGUAGAAGUUAAGGGAUUCGUCAAAGUGCUUUUCUAAGUUAUAUUUAUUGAACUAUAUAUGUUGCUGCUGCGCGCUUUAAAUGUUUAUUCUCAUGUCUGAUGAUAACUCUCAGUUACCUCAAAAAAGAUAAUCUAAACUAUUUUAAGAAAAUAAA